AUGGACGAGAAAAACGGCAAAAUGUGUAAGGCUGGACAUGAUUCCUUGAACGACUUGCCUGACGAACUACUUCUACGAAUAUUUAAAACCUUAUCGCCUAUUGAACUUUUGGAACUUCAAUUGGUAAACAAAAGGUUCAAUGAUCUAGUUACUCCUUUGUUAUGGCACUCCAUAUAUGUUUAUGAUUCCUCUAAGGAAGUUAGGGCUGGGCGGUGUUGGUUUGACUAUUGGUGGAUGAGUAUGGGUACAUUUUUACAUUUGUCAAGAUUGGGAAGACUUAAAACUCAAUUUAUGAAAAAAUUAGUAUUUUGGAGUGAUGAGCGUAUGUCGUUGGUAUGGUUACAGAGGUUAAAAGAGCGUCUUUCCGAGUGUCAAAUAAUGUUCUCUAAGAUGUCCCAAUUGACAGUCUUUCAGUGGUUUCUCAAGACAAAGAACUUCCGAAUUACAACUGUUCGUUGGAAUGGAUAUGAGAACAUGUGCAUUCCAUCUGACGGAAUUAUUGGUACAUUUUCCAAAGAUAUAGAUCGAAUUAGGAGCAUCAGGAUCGGACAUAUAACUCAAGAAUUCGUGGCAAACUUGCCGCAUAUGACACUGUUAAAAUCGCUUCAUAUUGACCACCCCAGUGUGUUCGAAGUGCAGAAAAAGAUUCGUGUAUCCCAUCUAGUCCUAGGACAUUCAUCAAUGUCUACUAAUUCGCAUAAUCUACAGAACUUUGAUUUGGUGACAUUGGAGUCCUUACUGGUUGGGGAGAUUGAAUCAUCAAAAUGGGAGAUGCUAAGUCAGGAACUAUUCUGCAUCAAGGAGAUCGAGCUUCAGAAUUCAAUAAAGUAUUUGCCAUAUUAUUCUCUCAGAGAAGUUCAUUACUUAAAGGGUGUUCCCGAGGAAGACUUCAGAUUCUUAUCUCGCCAUGCCAUAAUCUUCAUGUCAGCAAAUCCCGAUAAGCCAGAGAAGAAGAAUGAGACAUACUCAUAUUACCAAGAACCAAAAAGACAGAAAAUGGAUGUAUGGGACAUAAAUCGAUUGAACCACAUAAAAACUUUACGGAAAAUAAAGGUCGGCGAUUUAAAAUACAGAAUUGAUAGAUUGAACGGAACCACCAAGUAUAUUGAAAUUUAUGAUGAUUGA